AUGUGGCCUCAAUCGCAGUACUCGCACACUAACACUCACUACCAAAACAAUGCUGCUAAGACUAAUGAACACCAGAACCAGCAGAAUUUGAAGACAUUGGGGAUGACAUCUGCUAUAUCAAUGGCAGGCCCGAAACCUAUAGACAUAGAGAAGACAAAUGAAUUGAAAGAAUCACUUGUGCCAUUUGGUGUGUUUGAGUCAGAGGCUGAAAUGCACCAUCGUAUGGAGGUGUUGGGUUCAUUGCACCGACUCGUCAGACAGUGGAUACGAGACGAAUCGUUAAGGAAGAACAUGCCACCAAGUGUGGCGGAAACUGUUGGAGGAAAUAUUUAUACAUUUGGUUCUUAUAGACUUGGGGUACACCACAGAGGGGCGGAUAUUGAUGCAUUGUGUGUGGCGCCGAGGCACAUUGACCGGACUGAUUACUUCCAGUCCUUCUACGAGCUCCUGAAAUCUCAGCCGCAGGUUAAAGAUUUGAGGGCUGUGGAGGAUGCCUUUGUGCCAGUAAUAAAGAUGAAUUUUGACGGAAUAGAGAUUGACUUAUUGUUCGCAAGACUCGCCCUUAAAGAGAUACCAGACUCAUUUGACCUCCGCGAUGACAUGCUUUUGAAGAACCUGGACCAGAAAUGCGUGAGAUCACUCAACGGGUGCCGCGUCACAGACGAGAUAUUACGUCUUGUGCCCAACAUUAACAACUUCCGCUUGACGCUACGCGCUAUAAAGCUCUGGGCUAAACGUCACGGCAUCUACUCGAACACGCUGGGCUAUCUGGGCGGCGUGUCGUGGGCGAUGCUGGUGGCGCGCACGUGCCAGCUGUACCCCAACGCGUUGCCAGCCACGCUAGUGCACAAGUUCUUCCUCGUCUUCAGCCAAUGGAAGUGGCCACAGCCCGUUCUUCUAAAGCAGCCAGACGCGGUUAACCUCGGCUUCCCUGUCUGGGACCCAAGGGUGAACGUGUCAGACCGGUUUCAUCUGAUGCCAAUCAUCACACCUGCGUACCCUCAGCAGAACUCUACUUUCAACGUGUCCGCUUCAACUCGAACUGUUAUCAUGGAAGAGUUUAGACUUGGUCUAGCUAUAACAGAUGAGAUAAUGCUGGGUAAAUGCAACUGGGAGCGACUCUUCGAGGCGCCAAACUUCUUCUCACGCUACAAGCACUUUAUCGUUCUACUCGCAUCUUCUGCCAACCCCAUUGAUCAAUUACAGUGGUGUGGACUCAUUGAGAGUCGGAUUCGACAUCUCAUUACGACCCUUGAAAGGAACCAGUUCAUAACUAUAGCACACGUCAACCCAGAAUGUUACAACUCGGUGCCGCUCAAUACUAACAAUGGACAGCCCCUCGCACUGCCUCCUGGCACACCUGUACCCAAUGAUCCAGCGCCCGAAAUCAAAAAGAAUGAAGAGGGCGAGGUGAUCGCGAACUACUGCUCCAUGUGGUUCAUCGGGCUCGUUUUCGAGAAGACCAAUGUGAAUGUGGACCUGACAUAUGACAUAUCAUCGUUCACCAAAGCAGUGCACUACCAGGCAGAGAACACUAGCAUGCUUCGUGAAGGAAUGAGCAUUGAGGCGCGGCACGUGCGUCGCAAGCAGUUGCACCAGUACCUGUGCGCGUCGUUGCUGCAGAAGCGCGAGCGCACCGUGUCGGGGGCCAAGCGCCGUCCGCCGGAGCCCGCGCCCGCACAGCCGCAUAAGCGCACGCGCCGCCUCUCCGACAGCAGCACCGAUGAAGUGAGCAUAUUAUCUUACAACGAUGACUCAAAUUCCUCAAACAUAUACGAGGUUAACAUCCAGAAUGGAACUACACCAACGCAGGUGACAACUGAACAAAUGGAACAGAACCGGAACAAGACAGAGAAACCAAUCCAGCCCACAGAACAUCCGUCAACAUCAAAUAGUAUAUAUAAGAACCUUGACGAAGUGAUUCUUAAAGUUAAUUGGUGCAAUUCCGGUUUUCCCUUGUUGUGGAGCCCUGUGGAAUUAUGUAUCGGUUGUCAAUGGAAGGACAAAAUGCUGUAG